AUUUAAAUCACGUUACUUGUGCCGCCAAAAACGAUGAGGUCUGAUGCAGGACAAGCUGCUCCUUGGCAAACCAUCAACCCCGCUCCUUCCAUCAGACCCAUCGGCGCACGGUCUCAGUGGGACUCUCCUCCUCUCGACAACACUACCUAUAUACCUAUACCUAUACUAAUAAGAGGAUAUAAAGCGCCCGUUCAGACAGGAUGGGAUCGACCAUCAAGGACAUUCAGGAGAUUGAACUUCUCCGCCACUAUCAUCUGGACAAACUCAACCCGGACAUCUGGGUCGACGAGGAAGACUUGCCUUCCUGGGUUCACGACGAUGAUAUCAACACGGACCAUGGUGGACGACUUACUCCACGCGAGAAACGAAGCCAGUCUAUGGAUGAUGAGACAUUUACUCUUUCUGAACAAGUUGAUCUUUUGGGACUGGUCAAGGGUAACAUUCUGAAGUCGAAGAACGUCCGGGGAGACACCAAUUUGAUCUCUUCGACGCAAAAGAGCUUCAGUCCACAGCGGUACCUACAUGCGGUGCAUGCCGAUACCUCGUACGAUGAUCUUUGUGUAGGAGUAGAUCGCCUAAAAGCAUCAAUUGACCAGCGAUCAUCGGGUCUGAAGGUCUUGGUCCAAAAUAAUUUUGACCGCUUCGUGAGUGCCAAAAAUGUCAUCGAUUCUGUCUAUGAUGAUAUGAAGGAAAAGACGCUGAAUGAGGCCCAGGAUUGGGGCACGCACCGACUGAAUAACAUCCUUCGAGAAUCAUACGGAAAGGCGCAUGAUGUCAUCAAUCCUGUUUUAGAGCGUCGCGAAAAGAUUGAAAAGCUGCGAUCGACAGUGGGACUGUUGGAGCCCUACCGGCUGUUUUUCAACCUCCCCAACACUUUACAGGAGAGUAUCAAACAGGGCAAAUACCAACAGGUCGCUCGCGACUACAAUAAGGGCAAGGUGCUGUUGGCACAGGCCUUCCCCAGCAAUGCCUCAGCCCUGAGUAGCGAUAAUGCUUCAACACAUUCACAUUCGUCGUCCAACUUGAUCGAGACCAAGCGCAAGGUGUUUGAUAGAGUCUGGUCAGAAGUUGAGAGAAUUGUCGCACGACUGAGAGCCGACUUGGAGUCACAACUGGAAGAACCCUGGAGAGGAAUGGAGGAACAUGAACGGAAUAUCAGGCUAUUAUUCGAACUGGAUACCACAACAGAUCCUGUGUGGCACUGUCUGUCAAGUCAAUACCGAUGGAUUAAAAAGAUUAUGGCGGAAUCGUACGACGAGCAGAUUAUCCUUGUUGAAGAGAUGCGCAAAAAAGAAGAAUAUCUGCACAGCCAGGAUAUGACUGCAAGUGGCCGCAAUACGCUGUAUAAGCAAAUCCUGGGUGCGGUGAACUCUAGCGAAUUCGAAACUAUGUUUGCCAAAGAGCCAGAAGUCAAGGUAUGGCUAGCGAUUUCAACCGGCGUUAAGACUCUUUCGGAACUUUUGCUGCGACUGCUGCCUGAUUUCUGGAAGUUAGCGACGACGUACAUGGAGGGUAAAAUCCAGAAGGUCCAACCCCAAAAGCGACGUACGGGUGUCAAUGUCGUGGAUCCGCAAAGAGUUGCGCAAUGCCAUGGAAUGGUCAAGGAUAUCCUUGAGCUCUACUCUUCACAGAUGUCUUUUAUGUUGAUCAACAACCUGAUGCCGGAGCCAUCGCGUCUUCAAAAUGAAUCGAACCAGGAGCAGCAUAACCAGGACCAGCCAGAGAUCUCGCGGAGAGAGAACUCGGUGGUGACAGCGUUCUUUUUGGGAAAGAUUGUGACGGAGGUUAGCAACUGUGUGAAUGAUGUGAAUGGCCUGAGUCUUCGCGGCGGUGCUUUUAUGGUUCUGGCAGAUAUGAUGCAGCGCGUUCGAUGGAAGUUUGUGGAGGUCGUCUGCGAGCUCUGGGGUGAAGAUGCCAAGGUGUUCUACAAGCACGAGGACUGGACUCUACAGACGGAGAACUCUCAGAUUACGCUUUUUGUGAGUCUCUUUUACCAGUUCCACGAGUACUGUCUCCGAUCGGCAUACAAGUACGCCAGUAUCUGGACUGCAACUACCGAAGAUUCCGUCCCAAACGAUGAUGUCUCAGCGGUGGUUCCAGUGCAGUACAUUGAGAAGAUCCGGCAAACAUUUUUGGACGCUUUGUACUCAUUUCUCGAUGGACUUGUGCACUUGGCCUUUGCAGAGGCAGAACAUCCGAACGACGGUCAGCAGGAGACCGGCGUCGGCGUUGGGUCAUUGGACAGUCUUCAUGGUAUCAAAAAAUCUAAAGUGAUUGAUAUUACUGAGCUGGACUCCAGGAUCCUCAUUACGAUCAGCAACUUGAGUGAGCUCAGAUCUGUGACGAUCCCAAAACUUCGGUCUGAUUUUGAGAAAAUAUGCGGUAUCAACCUGGCUGAGGAUGGAAAGACAUUGAUCGAGGUCGUGGACCAAUUGGAUAGCAUUCUAUUCGAUGAUUAUAUCAAGCGCAAAUCUGUAGUGGCAAGUCGAGUUAUCACAGAUGGCAUCUUGUACGGCGGGAUUGACUGGCAUACUGUCCCCAAGCCCAUUGGGGUCCAUUCGUAUAUAAAUGAGGCGCUGCUUUCACUGGUGAUCGUUCACGCACAGAUCAGCGAGAUUGCACCGCCACUAGUCUCACGGGCGCUGUCUGCGCUGUUGCUCAACAUGGCUCAAGACUGUCUGCGAUGCUUCCAGCAGGUGGAGCGGUUCGGUAUGGGUGGCAUGCUGCACGCAACUGUGGAGAUGGAGUUUAUGAACCAUACGCUGGCACAAUAUCAGACUCCGUCAUCAGACGAGAUCCUGCAGAUUAUCUAUGUGACGAUUGACCGGGCCUACCAAUCCGUUGAGGGCGAGAAUCUGCAGAAUGAGAUGGCGGCACUGAGGAAGGUGUUGGCGGACGCGAGGCAGGCUACUGCAGUACAGUUCAUGUGCUUUAAGAAACCGAAGUGAGAGCGACAAGAAAACGAGGUUUAAUUGAAAAUAAAGAUGAUGGGAUUGCAACAGGGA